UUAUAUUUGUUAUGAUAUAGCUUUUAGGUUGUUCCUCCAAAUUGGAUGCCAUCACUUGAUCUUAUGCAAGCAAAUUUUUUGCUUUUUCUAUCAAUAAUAAUUUCAGCUAAUAUGAAACUUAUAGAAAUAAUUUUGUGUCUAUUAUAUGCCUGCUAACUGUUCAGGAGUUGUGUGAAUAUAAAUGUGUUGAUGUAGCACUGAUAUGCUGUCUGAGAAACCAAGAUGAGGAGGCUGGUAGACCAUGUAAAUUAAAAGCUGGAUUUUCUGAAAUGGUCUACACAAUAACUCCAUGAGGCUAUUUGUAAUUCAAGUAGUGAUAAUAUUCAUAUUUUGAAACAUUCUACAUGGGUGAUAUUCCGUAAGUUCCUGGAUUGUCUUGACUUCCUUAAAUAUCCCUCUAGUUCUCUCAAGUGGACCACCGACUUCCAAUAAUGUGUGUGUGUGUGCGCGCCUUUCUUUUUGCAAAAGGCAGGGUAAUGAAGACCCAUGCUUCUUUAAGAAACGAAUCAUCCCUUUCUACUUUACUAUUUUGCAGCCAAUUGUUGAGGAAACCCUUAAACCUUAGAGUCCUGGAGGAUUCUCUUUCCAGGGCACAUAGGUUCAGGUUGUUGUUUGGGCGUGGAGAAUAUGGGUACAUCUUAUAUUUUCAUUUAUUUUUUCUUCUCUUUGUGCAUGCGUCACAUCCCGAAGACAUGCAAGUGUGAACUCUCUCUCUUUAUCCAUUUAUACAAGCAACACCAUCUUUGUAACUAAUUUCAUCAAUCAUUUAUUCUGAAAUAAUGCCAUAUAAACAUUUGACAUUAUGAUGGCUAAUUACCAUCAUUAGUUAGGAAACUUUGGUGCGAUGGUUUAUCUGUAUAGGUAGCAUUUUCUUGUUAUUCUCAACAUCCAUAAAGCGUACAAAGAUUAGAAUUGAGAUAUGUCUAUGGCUGAUUUUGAAUGAUUAUAUAGGCUUUGCAACUUUAUAUUGUUAUUGGUCAGUGGAUAACAUGAGGACCAGUAUCUAAAAUGAGUGCUAAAUUUUAGUGGAUUAGACAUGUAACAACUACCAAAGUUUGAAACACCGAGUAAAGAUGAUGGAUAUAACAAAAGUCAUUACUUACGGAAAAAUUAACUACCAAAUUUUGCUGUGCCUAGAAAUUGAUUAGCAGAUAAUGCAGUUUAAAGUCAUAUUGAUUUCGACUUGUUAAAAUUUUAGGUCAAGUACACAUUGAUUUCAGUGCGAGUUUGGUACAAGCAGAGUAGUAUUCAUGCAAAGACCUUUACCUUUGUCUCCAAAAUUGCUCAUGCUCUUAAGGUGCAAAGAAUAGAGCUCUAUGGAGAAUCAUAGAAAAAGAGAGAAUUAGACACCAAAAGAUGUCGGAUGGAGUUUGCUGUUCAAUUCUUACUGUUGACAGGAGAAGAAAAAAAAAUGAAAGCAAAAUUGUGUGCAGAAGAAGUUUUGUGCCAUUUUAAAGGCAGUUAUUUGAAGGUCAUACAACCCACCUUGAGAAUGCCAAUGUGGAUGUUAAGACUGAAAAGGGCUUUUCUUUUCUGAAAGGAGACGUGUACACCUUGACAGCGAUAUCAAAGUUCUGCUAAGCAAACAAACCUUGAGGUAUGGACAAAGUUUUGAAGCACAGAGCAGGUCUCAGAAUGUGAAAAGGAGCAAGACGGGGCAACCCGUGCAAUAUUCAAGGUAUGCUUGGAUAAUUGUUUUCCAGACGUGAUUUAUUCUCAUCAUGGAUAUAGAUCUAAGGCUACCUUCUGGAGAGCAUGAUAAGGAAGAUGAAGAACCAAAUACAAUUGAUAACAUCUUGGAUGUUGAUGAGAAACUGCAUAAUGGAGAUAUUGAGGGUGAAAAUAUGGUUGAUGUUGGAGUUGAGGUACGCGUUGAAGAUGGUGGGGAUUUGAAUUCUCCCCUGGUGGACAUGGUAGUGUUUAAAGAGGAUACGAAUCUUGAGCCACUUUCUGGUAUGGAAUUUGAAUCUCACGGAGAAGCAUAUUCAUUUUAUCAAGAAUAUGCUCGGUCUAUGGGAUUCAACACUGCAAUACAAAAUAGCCGCCGUUCGAAGACUUCUAGGGAAUUUAUUGAUGCCAAGUUUGCUUGUUCUCGAUAUGGGACCAAGCGAGAGUAUGACAAAUCCUUCAAUCGACCACGUGCCAGACAGAACAAGCAAGAUUGCGAAAAUGCAACUGGUCGACGAUCUUGUGCAAAGACAGACUGCAAAGCAAGCAUGCAUGUAAAGAGAAGGCCGGAUGGAAAAUGGGUUAUACAUAGUUUUGUGAAGGAGCAUAAUCAUGAGCUAUUACCAGCUCAGGCUGUAAGUGAACAAACAAGAAAGAUGUAUGCUGCAAUGGCUAGACAAUUUGCUGAAUACAAAAAUGUGGUUGGUCUCAAGAAUGACCCCAAAAACCCUUUUGAUAAAGGUCGGAAUUUGGCAUUAGAGGCAGGAGAUGCUAAGAUUUUGCUUGAGUUUUUUACGCAGAUGCAAAAUAUGAAUUCUAACUUCUUUUAUGCAAUAGAUCUGGGAGAAGAUCAACGGCUGAAAAAUUUGUUCUGGGUUGAUGCCAAAAGUAGGCAUGACUAUAACACUUUCAGUGAUGUAGUGUCAUUGGAUACUACUUAUGUUAGAAACAAAUAUAAGAUGCCUCUUGCUCUAUUUGUUGGAGUGAAUCAACACUAUCAGUUCAUUUUGCUUGGAUGUGCUUUGAUAUCAGAUGAAAGCACAACAACAUUUUCUUGGCUAAUGAGGAUUUGGCUGAAAGCAAUGGGUGGGCAAGCUCCAAAAGUAAUAAUCACCGACCAUGACAAAGCCUUGAAAUCAGCUGUUUCGGAGGUCUUUCCAGAUGCUUGUCAUAGCUUUUGUUUGUGGCACAUAUUGGGAAAGGUCUCUGAAAAUCUAGGUCAUGUAAUCAAACAGCAUGAAAAUUUUAUGCCAAAAUUUGAAAAAUGCAUCUACAAGUCAUGGACAAAUGAAGAGUUUGAAAAAAGGUGGUGGAAAAUUCUUGAGAGAUUUGAGCUCAAAGAGGAUGAAUGGAUGCAGUCAAUAUAUGAAGAUCGUAAACUAUGGGUGCCAACAUACAUGAAGGAUGUUUGUUUGGCUGGGAUGUCUACAACUCAGCGAUCAGAGAGUGUAAAUUCCUAUUUUGAUAAGUAUGUGCAUAAGAAGACAGCUGUACAGGAAUUUGUGAGACUGUAUGAAUCAAUUCUGCAAGAUCGGUAUGAAGAGGAAGCCAAAGCAGAUUCUGAUACAUGGAACAAACAGCCUGCAUUAAAAUCCCCUUCACCUUUAGAGAAGAGUGUUUCAGGGGUUUACACACAUGCUGUGUUCAAGAAAUUUCAGGCUGAGCUUCUAGGUGUAGUUGCUUGUCAUCCCAAAAGAGAAAGACAAGAAGAGACAAUCUUUACUUUCCGAGUUCAAGAAUUUGAAAGGAGCCAAGACUUCAUUGUUAUAUGGAACGAAAUGAAAUCAGAAAUUUCUUGUAUAUGCCGGUUAUAUGAAUACAAAGGUUAUCUUUGCAGACAUGCGAUGAUUGUUCUUCAAAUUUGUGGGCUUUCUGCCAUCCCAUCUCAAUAUGUUUUGAAACGGUGGAUGAAAGAUGCAAAGAGCAGGAAUUUAUUGGGAGAAGAAUCGGAACUGGUGCAAUCAAGGGUACAUCGAUACAAUGAGUUAUGUCAAAGGGCAAUGAAACUGAGUGAAGAGGGAUCUCUUUCUCAGGAGAGUUACAGUUUUGCAAUCCGUGCACUAGAUGAAGCUUUUGGAAGCUGUGUGAGUACAAAUAAUUCUGGAAAGAGCCUUGUAGAAGCUGGCACAUCAGACACUCAUGGUCUACUCUGCAUUGAAGAAGAUAAUCAAAGUAGAAGCACAGGGAAGACAAAUAAAAAAAAGAAUCCGACCAAGAAAAGAAAGGUGAGCUCUGAAUCAGAAGUUAUGACUGUCGGGGCACAAGACAGCUUGCAGCAAAUGGACAAAUUAAGCUCAAGAGCAGUAACCCUGGAUAACUACUAUGGUACACAACAGAGCAUGCAAGGAAUGGUACAACUAAACUUAAUGGCACCAACACGGGAUCAUUACUAUGGGAAUCAACAGGCCAUUCAGGGGCUGGGACAAUUAAACUCAAUAGCGCCAAGCCAUGAUGGCUAUUACAGCGCUCCUCCGCAAAGCAUGCAUGGGCUGGGACAAAUGGAUUUUUUCCGAACACCCUCUGGUUUCACUUACAUCCGAGAUGAUCCUAAUGUAAGAGCUGCACAGUUGCAUGAUGAUGCAUCAAGACAUGCAUGAGAAGCACCUAUCCUUAUGAAGGCCCAGGCGGAAACAACGUAUUGAAGGUAGUGUCUUUUGAAGAAUGAAACGUGUCAUGCCUUGUCGAUGGAAGGAUUAGGGCAGUGAAAUGCUUCCUGUGUUAUGUGUAAAAUAAGCUAAGAUGGAGUAGGCUGUUAUUUAUCUUCACCAUCUCUUUUUUAAUAGAAUUUCCCUCAGAGUUGGAACAGAAUCGAGGUAGGAUUGUAUCUUUUGUAAAGGUUGUUGUAUUAUUGUAUCUCAAGAAUGUCAAAUCUUGAUAGGAGCAGUUGAAAUCAGUAAAACCUACUCCCAAGUUCAUCACCGUUGGCUAAUAUGCCGACUAUGUAGUCUGUAGUCCACAGAUGCUAACAGGAGCAACAAUGUUGAAAUUAGUUCACUUUGAUGUAUCAUUUCUCUUUACCAAUGCUUUUCUUUUUC